UGUUGUACAAACUGAAUGUCCAGAUAAUGGAUGCACUCAGCUCGGUUUCGGCAUCGUUUCUGUCGGGAUUCUCCGUGCCUACCGCACGACUCGCGUACCUGGACAUAUGCGACGUUUGCACAACGCUGACGAGAGCGUUCCAAACGCAAUUGUUCAUCAACAUCGUGGGCAACGUGUUUGGCAUCACGUUCAUGAUGCUCUCCGCGUUUAACACGCUCAUGUCCGACGGCGCGAACACCAUCCGAAUCACGCUGUACUUUCUUUACGAAUCUCUGAUACGCACGCUGCAGAUGUACUUCAUCAUUGACGCUUGCCAUACAACCGUCGAACAGGCGAAUAUCAUUAGUAUUACAUUUCAAAAGAAAAUUAACGAAUAUCAUCAAGUAAACCUCACAAAAAGAAAGGUACAACUAUUCAUUUUGGAGAUGUUGGAUCAUAAAAUAGAGUUUGUUAUUUAUGGUUUUAUUUGCUUGGACUUUGAAAUGUUUGUAUCGAUAAUAGGUACCAUAGCUACGUAUUUUUUGAUUUUGGUACAAUUAGGAUCUUCACCUGAUGUCUUGGUAAAAUCGUUGAACAUCACAACUACAACAACAACAAUAACAAGAACAACAACACCCGGUGCAUUCAGUACAAAAUCAAACUACACUACUCUCACUUAAAUAAAACAAUAUAAUUUCAUUGAGAUCAGUGUACCUAUUUUAAAUUUUAGAACAUUAUAUGUUAGUUAUUUUGAAAAUGUAAUGACAUAUUAUAAUUGAUAAUUACAAAAUAAGGCAUGGAUAUUAAUCACGAUAGACACUGGGUUGGUUGUCUUUAAAAAAUACCGGUAUAUGGUAUAGGUAUACCUUCUUAGGUAUAAUUAUGCACACAUUUGUUACUAUUCGGUAAAUUGUACUAAAAUACUUUUUACUAUUAAAUCACCUUUAAAAACGCUAAAAUAAAUACGUUUUUAUAUUUGUUUAACAUUAACCUUAAGCAGUUAAACCUGUGCAACGAAGAGAAUAAUAACAAGGUUUUUAGAUGUGCUUUUCCAGGUUCAUUGAUGAAGGCCACUACUGCUGUGGCAUUAUUACGUUUGACGUCUGUCCUUUGGUUAAAUCAUAGGAAACUGUCAAACAGUGUUGAUGAUUUACACUUAACUAU